AUGGCCAUGGAAGAUUCUCCCGCCAAAACCACCGCAGAAGAAGAGCGAGCAGAGGAAGAUAAUCCAGCCAAAGCAACUGAUGAAGAAGAUGUGCGAACAGAGAAAGAUGAUCCGAAUAUGGGAUCUUCCUCAGGCUUUUCGAAUCAAGAUCCAUUUAACUCGUUGGGAACUUCCAGGGGCUUUCGUCAUAGCAUCGUGUUGUUGUCGGGCAAGAUUCUUCUUCUUCAAAUGUCUCUGGUUUCGCUGCUUAUUAACGUAGCAAGCAAGAAAACAGAGUCUGAUACUGAAGAGGGCGAGAUAAAGAGCGAUGGUGAAAACGUGCCUCUUACGGAUAUUGAUGAAGAGAAAUUUGAUUAUGCAUCAUCAGAAGGGUAUGAGUUCUCAGACAAAGAAAAAGAAGCUGAGUAUAAACGAGCCGGAAAGAGGAAGAUGACAAGUGGAGAAGGAACCAGUAAGGAGAGGAAGAAGAGACGGUGUGAUCAAAACAGGGCUUUGAGAAGAAAUCCUUCUUCUCACUCCCAAAUGGCACAACAUUAUCAUCCUCAGCCUCUGUAUCAGAAUCCAAUGCUUGGUGGACAAGGAUCAACGAUGUUUCCAGGUCCCAACUAUUAUGGUAUGCAGCAGCAACCUUCUUUCAAUCCAACAGGUCCAAUUACAUGCCUUAGCCUCCCAAUUCAACCUCUGAUGAUGAUGCACCAGCAGCAGCAAUUUCCACCAGGUGGACCGUAUGGAUCAUUUGUUUUUAGUCAGAAUUUCAAUCCCCCGACGCGUCCAACACAGUCUCAGCAGGGGUUUACCCGCGGAAGAGAUCAGGACUUUGGUAGAGGCAGAGGAAGAGAUCAGGACUAUGGUAGAGGUGGGCACUAG